AUGCACUUCAAAUCCCUCGCCCUGGCCCUCCUUGCCACUGCCGCGACUGCCAAACACGUCUGCAACAGCGAAUGCUACCCAGGGACGACCUCGGACUGCCGCGCCGCGAUCAACAAAAUGACCAACACCGGCAAACUAAGUGGCAACGAAAACGGUGCCUGGUCGUCGGGCAACUGCGAGAUCGAAUGGAUCCCUAAUGGCGUGGAAGCGAACGCUGCCACCGCGCAUGGUGUCGCCGAGGAUCUGAUCAAUACCUGCUGCGCGGGGGACAAGUGCGGUGGCACUUCGGUUGCCGAGAAGAUCGAAAGCGGCUUCUUCAGCUAA